AUGGAAAAAUUGAACCGAGGUUUAUUGGCCGUACGGACAAGUAGUAGCCAAGUCUAUGUAAGCUGGCGCUUGUUCGGUACUGAUCCAUCAACAAUUGCAUUUGUUUUAUACAGAGGUAAAACGAAAAUUACACCAACACCUUUAACCGAUCGUACUAACUUCGUUGAUAACACUAGUACAAACGGUAUCUAUACAAUAAAGGCGGUUUUGGACGGUGUAGAACAAGCGUAUUCGGAAUCAGCAAGUAUCUGGGCGCAACAAUACCUCAGUAUACCUCUAGAAAUCCCGGCACCUGGAACAACGCCCGAUGGUGUUUCCUAUACAUAUAAUGCCAAUGACUGUAGCGUAGGCGAUCUAGAUGGAGAUGGAGAAUAUGAAAUUGUACUGAAAUGGGAUCCAUCAAAUUCUCAUGAUAAUGCACAUGCUGGAUAUACGGGUAAUGUUUAUUUGGAUGCCUACAAAUUAAAUGGUACACGUUUAUGGAGAAUUGAUCUCGGAAAAAACAUCCGUGCUGGUGCACAUUAUACUCAGUUUAUAGUCUACGAUCUAGAUGGAGACGGAGCAGCUGAAGUUGCGUGUAAAACUGCCGAUGGAACCAAAGAUAGCACAAAUGUUGUAAUUGGCGAUCCAAAUGCAGACUAUCGGAACUCAAAAGGUUAUAUCCUCGCCGGUCCUGAAUUUUUAACUAUAUUUAACGGACGAUCGGGUAAAGCAAUGGCCUCAGCUGAUUUUGUACCUGCUCGUGGUAACGUUGCUUCAUGGGGUGACAAUUAUGGAAACCGUGUUGACCGCUUCAUUGCAGCUGUUGCUUAUGUAGAUGGUAAAAAACCAAGUUUAAUUAUGGGAAGAGGAUAUUAUACUCGACUGGUACGAGCAGCUUGGGAUUGGAGAAAUGGGAAACUCACUCGUCGUUGGACAUUUGAUAGUUCAUCAUCAACAGCAGGAAACAGCAAAUAUGCUGGUCAAGGAAAUCAUCAAAUGUCAAUUGGAGAUGUGGAUGGAGAUGGAAAAGAUGAAAUUUGCAAUGGCGCAAGUGCUAUAGAUGAUAAUGGCACGGGAUUAUAUGCAAAUGGUAAGGGACAUGGUGAUGCCCUCCAUAUGACGGAUAUAGAUCCCGAUAGACUAGGACAGGAAGUCUGGCAGUGCUACGAGGAUGUAAAAUCCUAUGGAAAGACUGGAUUAGCCUUACAUGAUGCUAAAACUGGCGAGAUUCUAUGGGGUGUUCCUGCAGGUGGGGACGUAGGCAGAGCUAUGGCCGCCGAUAUAGAUCCGCGUCACAAGGGUCUGGAAGUGUGGGGAGCAGUUGGCGGUUUAUAUAACUGUAAAGGUAUUGAAAUUGCAGCGAAUAGACCAUCUAUGAAUUUUGGUAUAUGGUGGGACGGUGAUCUGUCACGAGAGCUUUUAGACGGAACAAAGUUGGAUAAAUGGGAUUAUGUUAGAAAUUCAUCAACUCGAUUAUUUACUUUCUAUCAGCACGCAGGUGCUACUGACAGUAACGGAAGCAAAGCAAACCCAGGAUUGGUAGCAGAUUUGCUCGGUGAUUGGCGUGAAGAAGUUAUCUAUAGAAGUUACGACAACACCAGACUACUGUUAUUCACUACAGUAAUCCCCACCAGCACCCGUAUUUACACACUGAUGCACGAUCCGCAAUAUCGAGUUGCCGUAGCCUGGCAAAAUUCUGCUUAUAACCAACCCCCUCAUCCGGAAUUUUAUCUUGGAACGGGCAUGUCAGAACCACCUCAACCAAACAUAAUAUUGGUUUGA